AGGGUACGAGACUCUGCCGUCUUUGUAUAAAGAUCUGAAUGCACAAAUCGAGGAAUCUGUGAAGAGCAAGUUCAUGGUUGACAAAUCGGGCCUUCAUGUGAAGAAGAAUGCCUGCACUUGUCGUGUCUUGAUCGCGCUCUCAUUCCUGUGGCUCGAGGCCGGCAGCAGGCAAAUUGAUUGCAGGAGUGCGAGCAUCGUCGAUGGGAGUUUUGCAGGCCCGAGGGUAGAGUGAGAGUGAGGCGGGAGCUGAAGAGUCGGAGGCGAUGGCAGUCCAGGAAGGGGAAAUUCGAGAGGAGGAAGAAGAUGAGGCUAGAGUAGGGUCUCGGAAGAGGAAGGGAGCUCCGAGAAGAUUGGGGAAAAGGAAGGAGCCGACGGCUGCUGUACAGGAGGAGUGGAGAUGGCCCUACUGCUCUCGCUAUAGAUCCACAUGCUUUCUGGUCAUGGGAUUUGCGUUUCUGCUUCGCGUUCUGGUGUCUUUGCAUUCUUACUCCGGGGCGGGUACUCGGCCAAAGUUUGGAGACUAUGAAGCGCAGCGGCAUUGGAUGGAAAUCACCGUCCAUACUCCGGUUGCAGAGUGGUAUCGGAACACAACAGAUAAUGAUUUGACUUGGUGGGGUCUGGACUAUCCGCCUGUCACUGCGUAUCAAAGUUUCGUCCACGGUUGGAUGAUUCACGCUGUUGAGCCCGAAGCCGUUGCUCUUCAUAGCUCUCGUGGUUAUGAAUCCCCCAGCAGCAAGAUCCUGAUGCGUUGGACGGUGUUGUCAUCGGACAUGCUUGUGUUCUUUCCUGCAGCUCUGUGGUUCAUCAACGAAUUCUACUCAAAGUACCGUGAGAAACAGAGGGUUUGGGCCUUAGCUAUGGUCCUUCUGCACCCAGCUCUCAUGCUUAUUGAUCAUGGACAUUUUCAGUACAAUUGCAUAAGUCUGGGACUAGCUAUUGCGGCAGCUGCAGCAGUUAUCUCGGAAAGGAGGUUACUGGCGUGCGUUCUGUUUUCUUUGUCCCUCAAUCAUAAACAGAUGAGUGCCUACUAUGCUCCAGCAUUUCUUGCACAUCUCUUAGGGAGGUGUUUUCAAAGCAAAAACCUUUUCCAAGCUCUAUUUGGAGUCAUCGAGUUGGGGAUCACUGUAAUAUUAACAUUCACGGUGUGCUGGUGGCCUUAUUUGGAAUCAAAAGAAACUGCCCUAGAGUUACUGUCCCGACUAGCUCCUAUGCAGCGUGGAUUAUAUGAGGACUAUGUCGCGAACUUUUGGUGUGGCACGGCGAUGUUGUUCAAGUGGAAGCAACAAUUCGCAAUGGGCACUUUGGCGAAACUUGCUCUAGGGGCAACUAUCUCCGCAUGCCUUCCGUCAAUGGUGCAACAAAUAUAUGCACCCAGUCGAAAGGGCUUCGUAUAUUCCAUGCUGAACUGUUCUUUGGCAUUUUAUUUCUUUUCGUACCAAGUUCACGAGAAGUCUGUUCUCCUUCCUGUAAUUCCAGUGAGUUUGCUGGCGAUCGAGGAGCCUCAAGUUGUGCAGUGGUUCAUACCAUUCGCAACCUUUUCGAUGCUACCUCUUCUCCUUCGAGAUGGGCUGCUUCUGCCAUAUAUUGCCCUCAUGUUGCUGUUCUUCCUCAUCUCGAGGUUCCCAACGUACUCAUUCGAGAGAAGUGUAGCAACUUCCCAUCCGCGUCUAACAAGACAGUUGCCGACAGGGUUCGUAGUUAGUUCAGUUUUGGGGGCUGGAGUGUUGCACCUGAUGUACUUUGGGCUUCAGCCUCCAAGGAGGUACCCAUAUCUUUUCGAGGCCCUGAUAAUGGCCUACACUUUCGCCCAUUUCGUUCCUUUAGCUCUCUAUAUGAACUGGAAACAGUGGUCGCUGCCCAGAGAUGUCACCGUAAAGCAGAAAUUGGUCUAAAGGCAGCCAAACAAACUCUUUCAACCGCAGAAAGAGAAUCCUUUUUGAUUGUUUGGAUAUAAAUGAAUAACUCUAAAAGAACCUCUCUAUUGAACCUC